UGAAUAGAGAGUUCUGAAAGCACUAUGAGCCUAUUUGAGCUCAUCUCUGCUGGCAUUUCACUAUUUCAGUCUCAACAGAGUUCACUUUAUCAAUUACAAGUUCGCUUUUCAAUUUUCAGCUUUCAUUUUCCGGUUUACCUGAAUUCUCAAUUCGUUAAAUUUCAUAGAAAUUCAACCCAGUAAUCGAUCUGCAGGAGGUAAAUGGAGCUGAGAAAGAGAAAGAUGAGGCAAGCUUUACUUGGAUUCUCUGUGAUUGUGUUUGUUGAACUAAGCUCUGCAACUGUGGUUUACAAACCGUUGUCUAUGGCCUUCGCUGACCUUCCUGCCAAGUUUGCUGUUGGUGUUGAUAGAGCUGGUGCUUGUGGGGCUUUGGUAAACGCAGACCCUUUGAAUGCAUGUUCGCCUCUACGGAAUGGGCGCCGAUCAAAUGAAACUGAUAGAGCAAGGUUUGCUUUGAUAGUUAGAGGGGAAUGUGCUUUCAAGGAUAAAGUACGGAAUGCUCAAAAUGCUGGUUUUGGUGCCGCGAUUGUUUAUGAUGAUAGAGAUGGAGAAGAUUUAGUUUACAUGAUGAUAAACCGUGAGAAUACUACAAUUCAUGCCGUGUUUGUUUCAAAAGCAACAGGUGAACUACUGAAGGAGCAUGCUCAUGAUGAAGAAGGGGAAUGCUGUAUCUUUCCAUUUCAAACUGAAACAGCCUGGACUGUGCUAGCUAUAUCUUUUAUCUCAUUCAUUGUCAUAUUGGGUAUAUUAUUAAUAGCCAUAUUUGCUCCAAGACACUGGCUGUACUCACAAGGAAGAAAUCAACUUCCUAAAAGUGUGGAUAGGAAGGUGGUGGAAGCUCUACCUUGCUUCACAUUCAGUUCCGCUCGUUUGGGUGAAUGCCACAGUGAAGAAACUUGUGCCAUCUGCCUUGAGAAUUACAAAGAUGGGGAAAUUCUUAAAGUUCUUCCCUGUCAACACGAAUUUCAUUCAAGCUGUGUGGACUCAUGGCUGACAAAAUGGGGGACAUGCUGCCCCGUGUGCAAGCAUGAUAUGAGAACAAAAUCUGUGAAUCCUGAGGUAAGAGAGUGGGGUGCAUCCUCAUUAUUUAGUGUUCCACGGUUGAGUCUGAUCCACAUUUUGGACCAUUCAACAUAUAAUUGUGGGGUUAAAGAACUUCUGCCUAAUAUGAGUCUAGUUGCUGCAUUGAGUGCGAGAAGACAACGACCAAUAAAGAAUUUGGUGUGGCAGAUAUGGUCGAUGUCUCGACCUAACUAUGGAGUUCCUAUGCACAUUCGAGGUUUGAUUGGCAUUUCAAAAAGCAAUGGGAUAUGCUCAAUGAGAGCACAGGUCCUUCACUUUAAUUCACAUUAUCAAUGUGGACACUCCAAUGUUCUGAAAACGACCCACUAUAAACCUAUCAGUAAGAAUCCCCAGCCCACAUUUUCUAUCCUCAGCUGGUUUGUCCAGGAAAACCAAGGCAAACAGCUACCAGAUUAUAGAAACCAAUCUACACAUAUAAAAGACCAAUUCUUCUUCAUGGGUUCUAUUGGAAGCUCCGGGAAUGAGGUUGUGACUAUUGAUGUUCAAGAAGCUAAGGAUCUGAUCAAGUCUGGCUAUGGCUAUAUGGAUGUUAGGACUGUGGAGGAGUUCAAGAGAGGGUAUGUGGAUGCAGAGAAGAUUUACAAUAUUCCUUACAUGUUCAAUACACCUGAAGGUAGAGUGAAAAAUCCUGAUUUCUUGAAAGAGGUUGCAUCUGCUUGCAGCAAAGAAGAUCAUAUUGUUGUGGGUUGUCAAAGUGGGGUUAGAUCCCUAUAUGCAGUUGCUGAUCUUCAAAAUGUUGGUUACAAGCAUCUGAGCAACAUGGGAGGAGGUUAUUUGGCUUGGACAGAGAAACAUUUUCCUGUUGUUAAGCCAGAAGAUGUAGAUCAGAAAAAGCCAGAAAUUGUUGAGCUAAAAAAGCCAAAAGAUGAUGAGCAGAAAAAGCCAGAACUUGUUGAGCCAAAAAAGCCAGAAGAUGUUGAGCAGAAAAAGCCAGAAGCUGAGCUCUAGUUUGUUGCAUAGCAAGUAACUUUAUUUAUCAUUUACUCUUUUUCUCUUGUAUAAUUGUAUAUUAGUGAUUAAUAUUUAUCUUGAUUAGAAUUCAAAGUAUAUAUGUACCUUGAUAGCUGAAGAUGAAUAUAUCAUUAUUCACUUCCAAAUAAUAUUACAGCAUAAGAUGGUUUUUCCUCG